CCAUUGCUGUCGAUGUCUUCGGUCUGGCAGUUCCAUUUGAAUUUUCGGUGGCGCUUGCUGACACGAAGAGUACCAAAAAAACCAACCAAAAAAAGAACACCGGAACUGUGAAAGAAGCAGUACUUUUCGAGCCCACAUUCUCAUCCGGGGAGCGCUGCACACAUCGAAAGUUGUUGAAUUUUUUGACGCGUUGACGGUUUGCAAAUUGAAAGUUUUCUCCUUCGAAACACACAAAAGAAUGCAAUCGUUGUUGUUCUUGUUGCCGUUGCUGCUUCUGGCGUUGGUUUUCAGUGGAUCAGGUGUUUCAGCUCUGCGUUGCUAUACCUGUCAGGACUGCGAUGAGACGGCCAAGCUGAGCGAGAUGGAGGUGUGUAGUGCCUCGCCCACGUCUGCGAAUGGUGAUGGAAUGCUCAUGGCUUCCAUUUCCAGCCAGAGCCCCAGUGUGAGUCCAUCCAGUCCGGCUGCUAGUCCGGCUGCCAGUCCUGCUGCUAGUCCUGGUGCUAUUCCAGGGACAGGUUUGUCCAAGCCCCCAGCUCCUGCUGCUGCUGCUGCGAUUAAUGGUAGCGAGGAAGAAGAUGAGGACUAUGACAGCGAUGAGUCAGCUCCAAAUGCGGCACUGUCCUCCAUAGGCAUAGGAGCAGCUGCUGCAGGAAACGGAGUUGGUGGAGGAGUACCCGGAGCAGCAGUGGGAGCAGGAGGGGGAGCAGCAGUUGGAACAGGAGUGGGAGCAGGACCAGCUGCAGGUGGUGCUGCAACCGGAACCGGAACCGGAGUUCGGCCCGGAGCUGCUGCCUCUAUUGACAGCGAAGGCGACGAGGACGAAGACGAGGACGAGGAUGAGGACAGCGAUGAUCGACGCAGGCGUAGAACCGUCAGACAGGUGUCUGACAUUGCCGUGUGCUACACAGCCAGGCUCCAACGUAACGAUACCGUGAUCACUAAUCGGGGCUGCACCAUGGCCAGGUCGGGCAAUCAGACCGCCGCCUGUGAUGCGCUCUUCGAGAACUGGAGCGUGAUGGGGUGUCAGCUGUGCGAGGAGAAUGGCUGCAAUCAACCCAUUGACAUAACCACGGGAUCGAUGUAUGCAUCUGGCUCAAGGUCGACGUCAGCCCAAUGGACAAUCUCAGCACUGACGCUACUGGCGAUUCUUGUGGCCUAAACUGCGGAACGGACGGAGCGGGGGAUUGAUAGCGAAAUAUAUAAUAUAUG